AUGGCUUACAAGUGUAUCGUGAUGCUGGCAGUAGUCGGGCUGGUGCGAAGUGCCCUAGUGCCUGUGGCUCCCGCUGUGGCCCCGACGCUCGCUGUAUCCGCGAGAUUAGAAGACUUCGAUGCUGCGCCCCAAUACAGCUUCGCGUACGACGUCCAGGACGCCUUGACGGGCGACUCGAAGGCGCAGUACGAGACCAGGAACGGCGACGUGGUGCAGGGGAGCUACAGCCUGAUCGAGGCGGACGGCACCCGCAGGAUAGUGGAUUACACGGCCGACCCCGUCAACGGAUUCAACGCAGUUGUCAGUAGGGAGCCGGCGUUAGCAGCCAUCGCUGCGCCCGCGGUGCCAGGUGCCGGUGUCGGAGUCUCUUCGGUAGUCCCCGUGGCCGGCGGCGCUCCAGACGGGAUUCCCCGGCCUCAGAUCCCGGCGAGCGGUCCCGACUCCGACGUGGAGGUGAUCGAGGCCCGCUCCGGUCCCAUCAGGCAGUCCCCUCAGAGACUCACCCAGCAAUCGAAUCAGCAGAGCCAGAGGAUAACGGAGCGAGUGGAGUCGCGACCAGCGGAUGCUCCAGUCAGAGCCGUUGCUUCGAACCUCGUCGACGCCCCGGUCAGGACUCCCGCUGUGGCGACCCCACUUCAAUAUCCAGGAUAUGCCGCAUACACGGCGUACUCGUCACCAAUCGCCUUCACCGGCCCAGUCGCCGGCCUCACCUACGCCCAAACUUAUGUCUGA